AUUUUGUAAUCUCGCUUUGAUAAUAGAAAAAGAAAACAAGGUCAACUUUUUUAGUUACCAGUUUUUAUAAUGCUUAGAAAAUAAUUACUUCAGCAUCGAUGUGAAGAACAGCAAAUGUAACAAAUAUGAGAGAUAAAAGUGGUAUUUGCCAUAUAUCCAUGGUGGUGUAGUUUUCAAAAUUUAUAGUUUUUGAGAAUUAUGCUAGGGAACUGAAAUAAUAAGAACGUAAACAUUAAUGAAAAUACAGAAAAUAAUGUAGGUAUGAUGUUUUUACCUUUUGUUUUGCACGCCUGAGCUUUACAUUCAAAAUUAAACCUUUAUGCUACUUUCAAGUUUGAAGUCAGCAGCUUUUCACCAAGAUUGAUAUCCUGUAAUAUCAAAUAAAAGUGGGGACAAUAAAUAUAUUGCACAUUUUUAAACUGUGUAUUAAUUUUAUCUUAAAAAUUGUUCUCAUUUUUGAAACUCAUUUUACUUAAAAUUUGGAACGUUUAUAUUAACACACUUCGAGACUCUUUGAACCAGAAAACUACAUUAUCAACGAUGACUGGAUGAUUACUGAACUGUUUGUUUUAUUAAAAAGAUAACUUAAAUGGAAUCAUUAAAAAACCAUUACCUAUUUUAAAGUUUGGCGCUAGUGUGACAUCAAAUAAAUUUCAUCACUAUAUGUAAUUGUUUAUGAUGAAUUUGGUGAAAAUAAGUUUAGUGUCCUUCAUAUUUCUUCUAAUUUCAAUUAAACAAAACAAUGGAGAGCGUGGCUUUGAAAUCCUAAUGGAUUCCUACAACUGCUCUUCUAAUCCCAACUAUGCCAUAGCUCAUGUUUGCUAUUUGAAUAAAACUUUUUACCCAGCUCAGGCAUUCUUCGAUAUUCAUAUACAACAUGAUAUUCAAAAACUACAAUAUUCAUGGGUGCUUUUUCUAAUAAGAAAUAAAAGCAAUAAACGUCGUAAACUGUUGCAUGUGAAAAAUAUGAAUGCAUGUGAAUUUUUGGCAGGAAUAUCUCCGGUACCACUGUUAAGGAUAUUUAGGGACAUUAUGUUGGAUUAUGGAACAAUGCCUCUUAAGUGUCCAAUAAAAAAGGAUUCAAAAUUUUUAUUUGAUGGUCUAAUUGUUGAUAGUGAAAAAUUUCCACCUUAUGUACCGGAAACAAAAUUUGAAGGAACAGUUAAUUUAACUAGUGGAAAACAUUUUGUUUUUGCAGUAUCAGGUUAUGGUCAAAUAAUGCAGAAAACUAAUAUACAUGAUGAAGAAGAAAUUUCUUAAUAAAAUAUAAAAACUUAACAAUUUUUAUAAAAA